GGAAAGCGCAUCUGAUGCGCGCUCACAUCUCCACACUUAUACACGCAGGCAUACAGCAACACACCGGGAGCAUCCCUGAACGGAGGGAGCGCUCGUUUUUGGUUUGAUAGUCAGUGGGAGAUCACUGUAUCAUAUUUUGUCACGUUUGAUAACAGACUGUCUCUGACGCCGCAAAAUGAUCCUGGGCCCUGCAGAGCCUUCUGGAUUCUGAGGCCCGCACAGAAAUCCACCUUGCACCGGCAAACGGGAUCCUCAGUUACCGCCUCCAGCAGCAGCCAGCCCGAGACAGAAUGUCAAGUAGCCAGGAAGAAAGUCACUCCAGGGGCGGCGGCUCCGAGUGGGACUUGAAAAUGGCCUCUUCGAACAACACGUCCCCCGAGGGUGGACCUCCACCGCCGCUGCACCAGAACCGAAUACGGCAGUCCGACAGUAACACCAGUUUCCUGCGGGCUGCCAGAGCGGGGAACAUUGACAAAGUCCUCGACUACCUGAAAAAUGGAGUAGAUAUCAGCACCUGUAACCAGAAUGGUCUGAACGCGCUACAUCUGGCAGCUAAGGAGGGACACAAGGAUUUAGUGGAGGAACUGUUGGAGAGGGGAGCACCUGUUGACUCGUCCACCAAGAAAGGGAACACUGCCCUCCAUAUUGCCUCACUGGCCGGACAAAAGGAAGUAGUCAGACUACUGGUGAAGAGAGGAGCAGAUAUCAAUUCUCAGUCACAGAAUGGCUUCACUCCACUCUACAUGGCAGCUCAGGAGAAUCACUUGGAGGUGGUGCAAUACCUGUUGGAAAACGAUGGGAACCAAAGCAUUGCAACAGAGGACGGCUUCACCCCACUGGCCAUCGCCCUCCAGCAGGGCCACAACUCAGUGGUCUCCCUGCUGUUGGAGCAUGACACCAAGGGUAAGGUCCGCCUACCAGCCUUGCACAUCGCAGCCCGCAAGGAUGACACAAAGUCUGCCGCACUGCUGCUUCAGAACGACCACAACGCUGACGUCCAGUCUAAGAUGAUGGUCAAUAGAACCACAGAGAAUGGGAAGAGUGGGUUCACCCCUCUGCACAUCGCUGCUCACUAUGGUAACGUGAAUGUCUCCACCCUGUUGCUGAACCGAGGAGCUGCAGUGGACUUCACAGCCAGGAAUGGGAUAACGCCUCUUCAUGUGGCCUCCAAGAGAGGCAACGCCAACAUGGUGGCACUGCUGCUGGACCGAGGGGCUCAGAUAGAUGCUAAAACAAGGGAUGGGCUGACCCCCCUGCAUUGUGCAGCCAGGAGUGGGCAUGACCCAGCAGUGGAAAUUCUGCUAGAAAGAGGAGCUCCCAUCUUAGCCAGAACCAAGAACGGACUGUCCCCACUGCACAUGUCGGCCCAAGGAGACCACAUAGAGUGUGUUAAACUCCUGCUGCAGCACAAAGCGCCUGUUGAUGAUGUCACGCUGGACUACCUCACAGCGCUGCAUGUCGCUGCUCACUGUGGCCACUACAGAGUCACUAAGCUUCUGCUGGACAAGAAGGCCAAUCCCAACAUCAGAGCGCUGAAUGGUUUCACUCCUCUCCAUAUUGCUUGUAAGAAGAACAGGGUGAAGGUGAUGGAACUUUUGGUCAAAUAUGGAGCCUCCAUUCAGGCUAUUACUGAGUCUGGUCUGACUCCCAUCCAUGUAGCUGCCUUCAUGGGACACCUCAACAUUGUUUUACUUCUGCUACAGAAUGGGGCAUCUCCUGACGUCCGUAACAUUCGUGGUGAGACAGCUCUUCACAUGGCAGCACGAGCAGGUCAGAUGGAAGUGGUUCGCUGUUUGCUGAGGAAUGGAGCAUUGGUGGAUGCCAUGGCAAGGGAGGACCAGACUCCCCUCCACAUCGCGUCCCGUUUGGGGAAAACUGAUAUUGUCCAGUUGCUGCUGCAGCACAUGGCUCAUCCAGACGCUGCCACCACCAAUGGCUACACUCCCCUCCACAUUUCAGCCAGGGAGGGCCAAGUAGAGACUGCUGCCGUGCUGCUAGAAGCCGGAGCCUCACACUCACUGGCCACAAAGAAAGGAUUCACUCCAUUACAUGUAGCAGCUAAACAUGGAAGCCUUGAUGUAGCAAAACUUCUCCUUCAACGCAAAGCUCUCACCGAUGAUGCUGGCAAGAAUGGCCUAACUCCGUUACAUGUGGCAGCUCACUAUGACAACCGAGAUGUAGCUCUGCUGCUUCUGGAAAAAGCGGCAUCGCCUCAUGCUACUGCAAAGAAUGGCUACACUCCUCUCCACAUUGCAGCCAAAAAGAACCAGACGAACAUUGCAUUAGCGCUGCUGCAGUAUGGAGCAGAGACCAAUAUUCUGACCAAGCAGGGAGUCAGCCCUCUACACCUGGCAGCCCAGGAAGGACACGCUGAGAUGGCCAACCUGCUGCUGGGCAAAGGAGCUCACGUCAAUGCAGUCACCAAGAGUGGAUUGACUCCUCUGCACCUCACAGCCCAAGAAGACAGAGUCAGUGCGGCAGAAGUACUGGCCAAACAUGAUGCCAACUUGGAUCAGCAAACUAAGCUUGGAUAUACCCCUCUGAUAGUGGCCUGUCACUAUGGAAAUGCCAAAAUGGUGAACUUCCUGUUACAGCAGGGUGCCAGCGUCAACGCCAAAACUAAGAAUGGAUACACACCCCUUCACCAGGCAGCACAACAGGGGAACACACACAUUAUCAAUGUGUUGCUACAACAUGGCGCCAAGCCUAAUGCUACUACAGUGAAUGGAAACACAGCUUUGUCUAUUGCCAGACGUCUGGGUUACAUCUCUGUAGUAGACACAUUGAAAGUCGUCACUGAGGAGGUCGUCACUACCACAACGACGGUCAUAGAGAAACACAAACUCAAUGUCCCUGAGACCAUGACUGAGAUCCUUGAUGUGUCUGAUGAAGAAGGUGAGGACACCAUGACAGGUGAUGGAGGAGAAUAUCUGAGAGCAGAAGAUCUCAGAGAGCUGGGAGAUGACUCUCUGCCAGGACACUACGGGGACCUCAGUUACAUAUGCCACAACCUAGACAGGCCGCAGCACACUCCCAUUCACCAAAGUUAUCAUCAGAGAGAGGGAGUUUUCAUCGAAGACAUGCUUACAAGCCACCAGGUAUCAGCACUGUCUAGAGAGCAUGAAAAGGACUCGUUCCGUCUGAGCUGGGGAGCUGAGCAUCUUGAUAACGUGGUGCUGUCCUCCAGUCUGCUACACUCAGGCCGUUCCUCUCCGUGCCUAGACCAUGACAACAGCAGCUUCCUGGUCAGCUUCAUGGUAGAUGCCAGGGGCGGUGCCAUGCGUGGUUGCCGUCACAAUGGCCUGCGAAUCAUUGUACCACCAAGAAAGUGUUCUGCACCCACUCGGGUGACAUGCAGGCUGGUGAAGAGGCACCGUCUCGCCUCUAUGCCUCCAAUGGUGGAGGGUGAGGGGCUAGCUGGUCGCAUCAUUGAAGUGGGACCCACUGGAGCCCAAUUCCUGGGUAAGCUUCACCUUCCCACAGCUCCGCCCCCUCUAAAUGAGGGUGAGAGCCUGGUCAGUCGCAUCCUGCAGCUGGGUCCUCCAGGAACCAAGUUCCUCGGGCCUGUGAUUGUGGAGAUCCCGCAUUUUGCAGCUCUGCGGGGCACAGAGAGAGAGCUAGUGAUCUUGAGGAGUGAGACAGGGGAGAGCUGGAGGGAACACCACUGUGACUUCACUGAAGAGGAACUGAACCAGAUACUUAACGGGAUGGAUGAAAAACUUGAUUCCCCUGAGGAGCUUGAAAAGAAAAGAAUAUGCCGCAUCAUCACCCGUGACUUCCCACAGUAUUUUGCGGUGGUGUCACGGAUUAAACAGGAUAGUCAUUUGAUUGGACCAGAGGGCGGGGUCCUUAGUAGCACUCUUGUGCCCCAGGUCCAGGCUGUCUUCCCUGAAGGUGCCCUCACCAAGAAGAUCAGAGUUGGGCUACAGGCUCAGCCCAUUGAUGUCGAGAUGGUGAGAAAGAUUCUUGGAAACAAAGCCACAUUCAGCUCAAUUGUCACAUUGGAGCCAAGGAGGAGGAAGUUUCACAAACCAAUUACGAUGACCAUUCCCAUUCCCAAGAGCUCGAAUAGUGAUGUGCCAAGCACGGAUUUCAGUGGGGAGACCCCCACCUUACGUUUGCUUUGCAGUAUUACAGGUGGAACCACUCCUGCCCAAUGGGAGGACAUCACUGGUUCCACACCUCUCACCUUUGUUAACCAAUGUGUUUCCUUCACCACAAAUGUAUCCGCAAGGUUCUGGCUGAUAGACUGCAGACAGAUCCAGGAGUCUGUUAGUUUUGCCUCUCAGCUGUAUAGAGAGAUCAUCUGUGUUCCAUACAUGGCCAAGUUUGUAAUUUUUGCUAAGACACUGGACCCGAUUGAGGCCCGCCUGCGCUGUUUCUGCAUGACAGACGACAAGAUGGACAAGACCCUGGAGCAGCAAGAGAACUUCACUGAAGUUGCCCGUAGCCGAGAUGUUGAGGUGCUGGAGGGAAAACCUAUAUUUGCUGACUGCUUUGGAAACCUGGUACCUCUUACCAAGAGUGGACAACACCAUGUGUUCAGCUUCUUUGCCUUCAAAGAGAAUAGACUGGCCCUCUUCAUCAAAAUUAGAGACACAGCACAGGAACCAUGUGGUCGCUUGUCCUUCACCAAGGAACCCCGCACAUACCGUAGUCUUACCCACAAUGCUAUAUGCAACCUUAACAUCACUCUCCCAACAUAUUCAAAGGAGUCAGAUUCAGACCAAGAUGCAGAUGAUGAGAGUGAGAAGAGUGACAAGAAAUUGGAUUGGCAGGAUGAUGCUGACAGGAAAGAGGAGACAUUAGCUAUCAUUGCAGAUCUUCUUGGCUUCAGCUGGACUGAGCUUGCAAGAGAACUGGAAUUCAGUGAGGAUGAUAUCCAAUUAGUGAGAACACAGAAUCCUAAUUCCCUCCAAGAACAGAGCCAUGCCUUGCUGCAGCGCUGGGUUGAGCGGGAAGGCAAACAUGCCACAGAGGACUGUCUGAUUAAGAGACUCACCAAGAUCAACCGCAUGGACAUCGUCCAUCUUAUUGAAACCCAGAUGAACAAGUCACUUCAAGAGCAAACAUCUAGAACUUAUGCAGAGAUAGAGAAGACACUGGAUCAUAGUGAAGUGUCUGUAGCCCUGUCUUCAGUGCAAGAGGAUGCAGACAGCCCCAGAAUCGUGAGAAGGGUGGAGUCAGACCGCAGACCACCCCCUGCUGUUUCUGAAGAGGACCUCUCAGUUGCUUCCCUACUGGAUAUUCCUUCCUGGGCAGAGCCUGUUGGACAUACCCACUCAGAAAGCAUGCACGGUGACCUGUUGGAGGAGCUCGAGAUCCCACAUGAAUUGAAUCCUGACCUGUGGACCUCUGAGGAUGUAAUUACACAAGAACCUACAAGUUAUGACAACUCAGAUGAGCAAGCUGAUGAAAUGCCCAACAUCCCCACUCAGUCAGUGAUGGAAGAAAAGUACAAAGAUGAAAAUGGACACAUUGUUGUCAAAAAGGUUACCCGUAAAAUUAUUCGCAAGUGUGUUUCCACGGAUGGUGUGGAGCAUGAAGACGUGUCAUUAGAAGGAGUUCCCCAGGGGUCCAUCAGUAUGGCAAAGGGAGAUAGAUGCUCCAAGGCAGUGAAGCGGACUGUAGUGAAGAGUGAGGGAGACCACACAGAGGUCACAUUUACUGAAUGUGAGGGUUUCACAGCAUCAAAGCAGGAGACAGCCAAAGGUUAUAAGGUCAGUCGCGUAGAAAGGACAGCGGUGGUGGAGGGUGAAAGGACAAUGACACACCAGGGUGAUUCGUUUUUGGCCUCUGACCUCCCCUCAGCCCAAGACGACUUCAAACAGGCACUAGGUUAUAUAAGUGGUUUUAACAGAACAGCGCUCCCUCAAGUGGUAGAAAGAGAGAUUGUCAAAGAAGAUGGAACUGUGGUCAGGAGGGCCCACAUGCGUAAAGGACACACCCUCAGACGAACAGUGGUAAAGGGAGCUGGGCAGCGCAAACAGGUCCUUCUAGAGAAAGUGGAAAACCCCAGAAAAGGGUCAAAGCCACGUGGUCUCCAGCAGCAUCUCCACCAGCUCUUUCACCGCUACUACUACGAAGAAAAGGAGGACAACGAUGAGGACGAAGAGGACAAGGAAGAGUAGAGGAAUGUGUAACACUCUCCCCCACUCCCUGGUUCUGCCCAUACUAAAGCCCCCCUAAUCCUAUGCAUUAGCCACAUGCAAUCCCAGUGUGCACCAUGGCACAUCAAAGCUACCACAGUCUUCCCACUUAAGUCCUGGAAGAUUACCUUUUGUUCACAAUUUGGAGUUUUCCCUGGCUUCUAAUGUAUUCAUGAUUUUCUUUUCAUGUUUGGGUGUUGUUUUGCCUUUUUGUGACCAAAGAAAGCCUUCUGUUAUUUUCCUGAUUCAUUUUACUUUCCAUGUCAUAACUGUCUUUGAUAUUUUUGUCUUGAUGCUGUGGUAGAGCAACAUACACAAAAAACAGAGGGAUACUAUUACUAUCAACUAACAUACAAACCUCCUGAAGGUAAAGAACACUUUACCUGCAGACAUACUGGUACUGCUCUCUGAGUAGGUGCUUGAACUGAAAGACAAUAUCUCACACUGCACUGCCUCUCACAACCAGAGUUUCUUAGAUAUUCCUUACUUAUAAACUGUCUCACUCAUUGUACUAGCCUCUCAGCUCUUUCAAUUCAGGUGGUCAAGAUGUCACACAGAGAAAACCAGACUGUAUCGACACUGAAUUUAACUGCUGCUGCUGUGUUUUGUGUAGGCUAUGUGUAAUCUGUCUUUGGGAAUUAUAUAUUAUCUAUAAUCUAGACAUUACUGACAUCAGUAGCCUAGGAAUUAAUAAUCACUUAUGUGAAGUAUAGAGCAGGCAUGACUAAUCAACAUCUGUCAUUAUGAUCCUAGCUUUGACUGCUUUGUAGAUCUAUGAAUUGCUCUCCUGCCUCUCUUUCCCUUCUGUGUGUGUCUUUCUGUGUUUUUAUGUGUAGUUAGUUUUUUUUUUGGGGGGGGGGGGUUGCUUUUUUUAAUUGUUGAUCUUGAUUCAUGCUGUAUGAAUGGUUAAUGUGUUUGUGAGGUUGUACUGUAGGUACUGUGUGUCUAUGCAUGUGUUGAGUACUGCAUUAUCAGCUUGUUUAAAGAGGGUACGAUUUUAGGCUGAUUUUAACUGCUAAGAUGUCUUAUUUUAGAGGGGUUUUUUUAUUUUGAUUUUAGUUUACUAGUUAGUAUAAAGAACAAAUUUAAUUUUAAUGUGAGUGAGAAGCUUCUAUUUAUUAGGAAGGCCCUCAGAAAUUGCCACUGGUGAACAAGAUCAUCACAGCUGCUUUAGAGACACUUAUGUCUGAUAUGAAAUGUGUGGUAAGGUGAUCAGGUGUUUCUGCUUUAUUUAUGUUAGACUUUGUUAUUUCAUCUUUUGAACAAGACAGUGUUGGACCAGGUGUUUGCAGUCGUAUGGUGUGUGUUUGAGUGAAUGAGUCUGUGAGUGUAGUAAGUGUGUGCCAGUUUCUGUCAGCAAAGAAAAGAAACAUUUAUUUUACACAAACCACAUUUGCACUCCUGAAUGUCAGGAGGGAACACCUCCAUGCUUUUUUUGUGCACAGGAUAUGAGAUACAGUAUAUCUACAGAGAGUCUCAUUUUGGCGGGCUAGAUGAUAAAUACAAGAUAGCGUUAUACCAGACACGCAUAAUGAGGCAGAUUGAGAGCUUAAAUAUGCCAUUUCUCACAGCUCUAAGCAUCGUUACUCUAUGUAUCUACAACAUGUAAUGUAUUUAUUUCACUAUCACGGUUUACUUUGUGAUUUAGAAAAAUGUAAAAUGCAAACUAGUGGAAGUUCACUGUGACAGGUAUGCUUUUAAUUUGAAGAAUCAGCAUCCUUUUCUGUGAUGACAGUUAUAUACAUAUACAAUGCAUAUAUAUAUAUAUAUAUAUAUAUCUAUAAGGGCAUGUAUUACUGUAUCAAAAUUCAAAAAAGACAAAAACAAUGGCUGCAGUGUGUCUAUGGCUAAUAGAGAAUAAAAGUCUACAAAUGUA